AUUAUAUGUACAGUACAAGGUUCCUCGCGUGUAUCACGUGACCAAACCCCUUCUCCAUCUCCGCUUCCUGCCCCGCGUGGGGUUUGAUUCAUCAUUUUUAGUGAUCAUUCAUCCAUCAACUCCUCCUUACCACCCCCAACUCCGACUUCUGACCCUUGAUCACAAUGGCCGCCAAACACGGUGAUCUGAGUCAUCUCCUACCCGGGAAUUACAAGCGUCUUAUCACCGCUUGGCUGGAAGAGGACUGUCCCAGCUUUGACUAUGGCGGCUUCGUCGUCGGCGAAUCCGAGGGCGAGGCCCGCUUGUUGGGCAAAAGCAGAGGUAUCAUUGCCGGUGUUCCAUUCUUCAAUGAAGUCUUUGCGCAACUCGGAUGCACAGUAGAAUGGCACCUCCCCGAAGGAUCCCCAAUUACCACCACGGGACACUCCCGCGACCCCAUCAAAACCCACUGCGCCACCGUUCGUGGCCCUAUCCGCAAGAUUCUCCUCGGCGAGCGCGUCGCCCUGAAUAUUCUCGCCCGCUGCUCCGGCAUCGCCACCAAGUCCGCCGCCCUGGUCGCCGCCGUCCGCCGCCAGGGCUGGACCGGCACCGUAGCCGGCACCCGCAAGACCACCCCGGGGUUCCGCGUCGUCGAGAAGUACGGCAUCCUGGUGGGCGGCGCCGACCCCCACCGCCAUGAUCUCAGCGCCAUGACGAUGCUCAAGGACAACCACGUCUGGGCGUGCGCCAACAAUCAGGCCGCGGCGGACGGCGGGGACAGCAGCAGGGUCUCGUCGAUCGCGGCGGCCAUCCCGCGCGCGGUCGACGCCGCCAAGGCGGUCGGCGGCUUCGCAACCAAGGUUGAGGUUGAGGUCCGGGAUCUGGAGGAAGCGAAUGCGGCCAUCGCCGUCGGGGCAGAUGUGAUCAUGCUGGAUAAUUUCACUCCGGAGGGAGUGCGCGAGGCCGCGAGGCAGCUCAAGGCGGAGUGGGCGGGACAACGGAAGUUCUUGAUAGAGGUCAGCGGCGGGUUGACGGAGGAGAAUGCCGCGCAAUACGCUUGUCCCGACGUCGAUAUCUUGUCCACUAGCUCGAUUCAUCAGGGUACCGGCAUUGUGGACUUUUCCCUGAAGGUCUCUUUGCGAUGA